UUCCGUAGUGCGGACCUUAAAAGCUGAAAUGUUAGGAUGUUUUUUCGCCGAUUUCCAGAUAUUUAGUCCCAUUUCUGAACACUUGCGUAACUUUAUAUUAAAAACUAAAGCUAAAAAUGGACGGUUUACAAAAACACCGUUCACUUUAAGGAACGAACCCGCCAUGGAAGGAAACUUACCGAAAACGCUGUGUGAACAGGUUGCAGAACAGUCGCUCCAGGCUGUUGGAGCAGUACCGUCGGACUGGACUCAGCCCACAGUGCAGCACCUCUGGAGCCUCGGUCAUCAUCCAGGAGGUGAUGGAGGAGGAGUGGAGCGCCCUGCGGUCCGAGGCCCAGGAGAGGGCCUCCCUCUGGGGGUCCGAGGCCCAGGAGAGGGCCUCCUUCUGGGGGUCCGAAGACACGGCACAGGUGUUUGGUGUCAUGGAGCAGUUCGAUGAAGUGUCAGGACUGGAGGACAUCCACCAGGAGCUGCUGUCCCAUGAAAUGUCUAUAAUUGCAGAGUAUGAACAGAACAUUCAGCUGGAGCAGCAGUAUGUGUCGUCUGUAGUGGACGAGAUGGAAGAACUGCAUGUCAUCUGUCCAGUCUGUCACAGAAACAAUCUGAGCUUCAACAGUUCCUUCAUCUCCUGCUGCUGUGGACUGAACAUCUACACCAAGACUGUCACAGUGACCCCUCAGUUCCUCCAGUCUCUUCUUCAGUCCAGUUUAUCUGAACACUUGCUCCAGUCUCCUCAGUGUCCUCACAGUCCAGUGUUCUCACUGACACCAAACACAGACACCCCCCCCACCCUGAUGAGCAGCUGUACGGCCUGUGACUUCCUGUCCGUCGUCCUGUGACUUCCUGUCCGUCGUCCUGUGACUUCCUCCAGCUGAUGGAACUGUCACUGACAUCUGGUUGAUCUGCUUUGUCUUCUGUGUGUAUUCAAAUAAAGUUUAUUUUCAU